UUUAUAAUUUAGUAUACAAUUUAUAAUAAUAUAAUAACUUUAACAUCAUGAAUAAUAUGUGCAAAAAGAAAAUAUCGGAAAAAGAUCUUCCACCAGAGUUCUGCAAUUCAACUUUUAAGGUAAUAAUGCGUAUUGAAGCAAAUCCAAUGGUUUAUGGUAUUGUUUACUUUCGGGAUAAUUACGCGCUAUUAUGCACGGUGCCAGAAAAUAUGGCCGCGCCAUUGAUUUUGAAGUUACCACAUUUCACAACGGCAAUACAUCGAGCUAUUAUAGAAAUAGGGCGAACAGUUCGCUGCCUGUGUUGUUCAUAAGAAGAAAGGCUCGUGUAAAAGUAAGAAGUCAAGAAAGAAAUAAAAAUAAAAGAAAUUUCACAAUGAAGGUUUUAUCAAAUUUGUUAAAAGACUCAAGAGACGAAUGGCUUAUAAAUACGACGAUUUCUUUGAAUGCAGUUAAUCCAAUAGUUGAUAGGAUAAUGGAAGACGAGUCUGUCGAGGGAGUUGUGAUGACUAACAAAUAUGGUUCACCAAUACUAACUAAUAUAAAUGUGAUGGGAGCCACGAACUAUGGAAACGCAAUGAGGAGGUUGGGGUUCAUGGCGCAAGCGGGUGUCAAGGAAAUUGAUCCAUUUGACGAAGUUUUAAUAUUAAGAUUAAAAACGCAAAAAUUGGAAGUAAUGGUCGCCCAUCAUUCUGAAUUCAAUGUUAUAGUUCUACAACAUUCAAGAGUAUCCAAGUUUAAGAAGUAAUAAUAUUUCGAUUUAAUGGUAUUUAAAUGAAAUCAAUUCAAUUGAAUAAA